AAACUCGUCGAGGUGCGGUUUUCCAAAGCGGGCGGGCGUUGUCAGACAGAGCCAAGCCCACAGAACGCGCGGUCACUCGGGUGUAGCAGCUCCCUCCCAGCGGUGGUGUCUCCGGAGUUAGCAUCAGCGAGCUAACAUGAGCUAACAGGCAGCGGCGGAGCUAACGUUUAGGUCUUUUCAUUUCAUCUGCUAAACGCCCUCGCCCAAACGGUGCCAGGCCAGACGGGGUAUUAUCACAGCUGCUUGGAUCCUGGAUUGAUUACUGCAGCCUCCAUUUCAUAAUCGUCACCUUGAACUUUGACCCCUCUGCACUCCAAUCUCUUGGUACACAGAGCCAUGGCUGCUGCUAAGCCUAAAGGCCAGAACUCUCUAGCCCUCCACAAAGUGAUCAUGGUGGGCAGCGGAGGUGUAGGCAAAUCAGCCCUCACUCUGCAGUUCAUGUAUGACGAGUUUGUGGAGGACUACGAGCCGACCAAAGCAGACAGUUACAGGAAGAAGGUGGUUUUGGACGGAGAGGAGGUGCAGAUCGACAUCCUGGACACGGCUGGACAAGAGGACUAUGCGGCCAUUCGGGACAACUACUUCCGCAGUGGCGAGGGCUUCCUCUGUGUGUUUUCCAUCACUGAGCUGGAGUCCUUCGCAGCCACAGUAGACUUCAGAGAGCAGAUUCUGCGGGUGAAAGAAGAUGAAAACGUGCCCUUUCUCCUGGUGGGUAACAAGUCGGACUUGGACGACCGGCGGCAGGUGAGCGCAGACGAAGCCAAAGCGCGCGCUGAGCAAUGGGGUGUGUGCUACGUGGAGACCUCUGCUAAAACCCGGGCCAAUGUGGAUAAGGUGUUCUUUGACCUCAUGAGGGAAAUCCGCGCACGAAAAAUGGAGGACAGCAAAGAAAAGAAUGGGAAGAAGAAGAGUAAAAGCUUGGCCAAGAGAAUUCGAGAGAGAUGCUGCAUUUUAUAGUGGUAAACAAAAGCAGGUGCACCGCCUGUGUACAUAUAUACAUUUCUCAGACUUUUGCAUUUAUUUCGUGCCCAUACCUGACCGUGACUUUCAGCUCCUAAUCUACAGGAGCGCUGAUCGUACAGCAGGUAGUAGUAAUGUGGCACUGCUUACACCAUUUAUAGCUCUAACUUUUUAUGUGCUAACACUCCAAAAUCAUUUAUGUACUCUUUCUUUUAAAGAAGACCUAUUGUGCUUGUGUCUGCAUAAUGAUCCAUCCAUGGAUCAUUAUGUUAUAAUUUGCACAUUUUAAAUCACAAUAUUCAUCUAAAAUUACUUAAUAAAAGAAACUCUAAUGAAUAGUUGCAGACCAGGCUAGCAAGCAGAUUUUUUUUCCAUUUGUACCUAAAAUGACUACGCAAUGCGGCCGAAUCCUGUGUGCAUCACCAAUUACAAUUGGAGAAGUAGAGUAGAUGGUGAGUGGAAUCGACAAUAACAUGGUUAAAAGAUCUAAAAAGUUGCUUUUGCAUAAUAGGUCUGCUUUAACCACAGUACAUUAAUAAGUGGAUGGUGUUUUCAUUUAGACCUAGUCUUCUUGACAGCUUUGAAAUGAAUGAAACAACAUUUUAUUGUAAAGUUCAAUGUGUAUAGUAUAUUCAGAUGACUGUGCAGUGCAAAUUGGAAAAAAAAAUACAACAACCACAGAUUCAAAGGGGAAUAUGAAACUAAAAUUCAGUUGUGGAAAGCCCCUAGUAAAAAAAAUAAAUCUGUUCUUAUCGUUUUUUCAAUAGCCAUCUUUAUUACAGCCAAAAUUCAUCAAGUGCCACCCCGGAACAUGUACAUUGCACUGCUCAAUUUGUAUAGCCUUUUUCCUUCACACAAAUGGGCUAUUGUUAAAACAAAGCCAGAGCUGAAUUUUGAUGCCAUUCCAGUUUGCUAAUUUUUGUUUUCUAUAGUCUUGUAUUUCUUUUUAAUUUAAUUUAUUUUUUUUUGCCCCUCAAUCUACACUACACAAACUACAUCAACACUAAGAAUCAGACUGCUCCACUUCAUAAUAAUAUUUAAUCAUAAUAGUUUUUCUUGUUUAGACUUCAAUUUUGGUCAGUUAAAAUUACCUCUGUUGUGAUUUUUUUUUCUAUAGAAAUCCCUGGUGCUUUGUAUUUUAAUUCAAACACUACAUCCUGAAAUGCUUUCUAAGAACAGGCUUAUAUUUAUGUAAUUAAUAUGUGUUUGUCAUGCUAAAUGCAUUGCGUCUGUUGUUACAAUUAAAGUGCAUAUGACAGGUUUGACUACUAAUUUCUCUAAAUCAUAGUCACCAUCAUUAUAUUUAAGAUUUUACUUAGUCUUGUCUUGUCUUUUUUAGGUCUGUACUUUUGGUGAAAUUUAUAGUUUUACUUGCUGUUAUACACGGGCAGCAGAUAUGACAUACAUAGAUGUAUGUUACCUAGCAACCGUAAUCUAACAAGGGCCAACACUUGGCUUUUACAUUACACAGUGAUUAUGAUUUGAUAAGUAAAAAAUUGACAACACAUUUAUAUUGUUCAAUCAAUGCUUAAACUGUCACUGUAUUUCAGAUGUAAUUAAUGACAUUUGAUUACUUUCUAGUUCCUAUAUUUUCCAAUGUUUUGUUUUCUACUUUUCUUCACAAACUGCCUCUUACUUGACAUAAAAUCAUAAUGAAAAUGAAAUACAAAUUUUCCUCUACCAAACGAAGUAAUAAUUGGAAAAACAUACUGAUCUGUCAAAUGCACUUUAAGGCCCCAUCAAUUUGUCAAUGUAAAGAUAGAAAUGACCAGAAAACUUUUUGAAAGUGUCCAAAAAUGUCUCAGUCACCAAAGAAACAUGCUUGCUAGCACAUACAAGUGCCCAUCAAUCUAGAAGGUAAACAUCACCAGGAAAAGCUCUGUGCCGAGGCUGGUGUGUUUUAUGUAAACUAUGUGUAAAUAUCGGGAAGGGUUGGAGGAAAGUUAAGCUUUCUCAUGACCAGGUAAGAGGGCUCUAGUCAGUCAUGUACAGUGCAUCACUGUUGCCUCUCUGUCCAUUGUGAAUGUGGUCACUUCUCCCCUUCUGCUUGGCUGUAUAGUUUUGAUGAUGUGAGCUAGUUUGUGGUAAAAACAUGUAUAUUUGUCUCCUUUGAUGAGAAUAGUGUGGCAACAACCAUUAAAAAUGAACUUGUGGAUGAAGACUGUCACGGGUUUAAUUUGGUUACAUUGACCACACUGCACUGUGAUUUUUGCUUUCUUCCAACCACAAUUUGUCUUUUUAAUCUUUAUGUAAUUGUCCAUAUAACAUAAGACUGAUGCUUGAUCUCGUCCAACAUUUAACUUAAUUUUUCCUACAGUUACAAACCUUAAACUUUCAGAGGGAGAUGUUAUGAAGAAACAAAUUAUCCUAAUCCAAACUCUAUGCAAAAUGAGGAAUUUGACAGAAUGUAUCUAAACACUACCUGCAGCAAACUACUGUCACAAUUAUUUACUUGUUAAGCUCUGGAUUUGCUUAAAAGCUUGCCUGUAAAUUAAAAUCAGCGUUUGUGUUUUUAAUCUUGUAACAUAGACUUGACUAUUGCAAAUCACAUUUUAUGUGUUUAUUGAAAAGCACAGUGUGUGUAAGAAUGGAAGUUGAGAAAGGAGGCAUGUUUUGAACUUAAUAUUCAAAAAUGUUGAUUUUAGAAGGCUUAAAAUGUUGUUUCGAUAAAUCUGUGUAAAGGGCUAGCUCGCAGUUAACCAAGACAUGACUGAAACACCUCAAGACUAGAGUAAGCAAAAGCCACAGACAAAAGUCUACAUUGUUUCAAUUGAGGAGCUAUGACGAUUCAAGUUGACACAUUAAUUACAAUUUCUGCUUAUGUUGAAUUCAUUAUCUUUGGUCAUGUAUUGUUUACCUUUGGUUUGUGUAUCAUAGCCCAUAUUAUAAUCGCCCAAAUGUUUUCAAGGGAGUGGGUAAUAUUUAACUAAAUGUGUGAAAGCUUUGAGCGUUUUAUUCUUCUGAGUAUUCAAUUAACUUGCCUUUUAUAGUAAUACUAUUAUACCAGUUGGAAUAAAUUGCCCGGAUGGCAGAGUGGAUGUUUUUAAUAACAUGUUUUCGUCAUGUUUACUUAUUACUUUAUUUUAGACAUAACCACUAAUGUAGCCUAUAUGUUGGUGAAUGCAAGGAGCAAUGCUUACAUUUCAAUUCAUUUUGUGACUCAUUUGGAAAUGGCAAAUAAAGUGGAUAUUACUAAUAAUA